UAAAUAUUUAGUAGGUCGCAAAUGGAUGAAGUUCAAUUAUUACACAAUAAACGAAUUAAUAAGUUGACUCGAAAUUCUUGUCAUUCAUUCUCAUUACAAAGACGUAAAAAGUGGAUUUUGUUCAUUGUUGGUCUCCUUUUUUGCCUCUAUUUGGGCUAUUUUCUCGUCAAUCCAGGAAAUAAAUCGCAUGGAUCAGCUCAUCCAUUAGUCCGAGUGUCAAUUCCAACUGCAUUUCCUCCGCUCGUUUAUCCUCCUUCUCCACCGAUUAUCAUCCUAUGGACUCCUCCUUUCGAUUCAUGGAUAGGAACAACGGAUGUGCCUUUAGACUGUGAUUGUAUUGUCACUCGAAAUCGAAGUCUCUUACCUCAAGCGAAAGUUGUUAUUUUCUAUUGGCGUAAUACUAAUCUAGAUUUGCCUGAAUAUAAAUUUGAAGGUCAAACGUGGAUCUGGCAUACUAUGGAAUCACCGAUACACACACGUAGACGCUCUGAAUUACCUGUUUUCUCUGAUUACGUUGAUUGUUGGUCCAGUUAUCGAGCUAAUUCUGAUUUUCCAACUCCAUAUGGUUUUUUUUCACCAAAAAAUGAAUCUCAUCAAUCAGAUGAAGUUAGUGUUCCUUCAAAGAAAAGUCGUAAUGUGGUCUGGAUGGUUUCACAUUGUCAUGCUCCUUCGGGAAGGCAUGAAUAUGUUGAAGAGUUAGCUCGUUACAUUGAUGUUGACAUUUAUGGUGAAUGUGGUCCAUUCAAAUGUCCACGUUCCGAGGGAUCACAUUGUUACGAAUAUUUUGAGAAAAAGUAUCGAUACUACUUGUCUUUCGAGAAUUCAAUUUGUAACGAUUAUUUUACAGAGAAACUACUCAAUCUUCUUAAUUACACAAUCAUUCCGAUUGUUCUUGGUGGAGGUAAUUAUUCAUACGUUUUACAUCAUUCGUAUAUUGAUGCGCUUUCAUUUAAAUCACCUCGAGACUUGGCGAUGUUAUUACUGAGUUUAUCUGCAGAUGAGAGAAGAUAUAAUUCAUAUUUUGAGUGGAAAUCUCGAUUCACAGUCAACAAUAACGAUUACCGAACACUUUCUUGCCAAAUAUGUCCCAAAUUGAAACAGUUAACUCAAAAUGAAUUUUUAUCAUCAAAUGUAUUAUGUAAUCGUCGACAUAAAGACUUGGAUAAUUGGUGGUACAAUGAAGGAUGGUGUAAGUCAUGGAGUCCAUGGAAUCGAUUCAAAUUCUGGUUAUAGUCAAGUAACUGAACAGUUCAAUUUCGACUUGAACUGGCAAAACAUUAAGCAAAGAUUUUCACUAAACAAUCAAGAUCUAGUUCCACUAUUUCAACAGUAUAAUUGUUACAGAUUUUCUCACAAGUCAGUAACUUUCUCAUUAAGAAGACAAUUACAUGUAAAAGUGGUUUCAAAUCAAAAUCUAAUCGCUUCCAUCUCCAAAUGGAUCCAUUGUCUUGAAUUCGAUUAUCAUGUAUUCUGAAGUUGUAAAAAUUUUUGUUAUUAAACAGUAUUAUCGUC